GGAGCUUUUCAAACGCCCCCUGGCUCUGCGGACCGGUCGUCGCUGCCGUUGCGCCGUGGGAGUGCUCUCUGGUGCGGAGCCGAGCUGCGAUCCGGGAGGCGGAGGCGGGGGCGAGGUCGGCGGUGCGAGGAGGCGAUCGACUACGUCCACCGCUGCCGUGAUGAGGGCGACGGCACCGGCUGCCGGAGCGCACGACGCGGGGAUGGCGCUGCGCAAGGCCGAGGAAGCCGCUGCGCGGAGGUGCGAGGCGGCGCGAUGGCUGCGGCAGAUGGAGCCCGCGGCGGCGGAGUCCCUGCCGGAGAGGCCGUCCGAGGAGGAGUUCUGCGCGGCACUGCGCAACGGUCUCGUUCUCUGCAAAGUGCUCAACCGCGUCAAUCCCGGCGCCGUCCCGAAGGUUGUGGAGAAUCCCGUCGUCACGGUUCAGACAUUCGAUGGGCCUGCGCAGUCUGCAAUCCAGUACUUCGAGAACAUGAGGAACUUCCUUGUAGCAGUUAGCGCGAUGAACCUGUUGAUGUUUGAAACUUCUGAUAUAGAGAAGGGAGGUUCAUCAAUGAAAGUUGUCGACUGCAUACUCUGCCUCAAGGGAUACCACGAGUGGAAACUCUCUGGUGGCAUUGGUAUAUGGCGGUAUGGUGGCAUCGUGAAAAUUGCAUCCUCAAGCAAAAGGCCUGCUUCACAUUUAACCAGAGGUGGAGGCUCAGACCAACAAAUGCUGGAGUUCGUGCAUCUUCUCUCUGAGGUCUCCCUUGAGGAAUCAAGAGUUGAAGAAGCUCAGCGUUCUCUUUUUCAGCACUUUGUUCUACGAGUUGUGAGGGCAUUCCUUCUGGAAUGGGGUGAAGCUGAAGACUUGCCUCUAGAUGAUAUGGUCAUUGAAACAGUACUCGAGCAGGCUUGUAAAGAAUUUACUAUUCUGCUUGCUUCCCAUAGAAAUCAGGUCCGGUCACUUCUAAGGAAGAUGAUGAAGGAUGACAAUGGAACCCUUUCUAAAUUGGAUUUGGUUGAAGCUAUUUCAAAAUGUCUGAAGGAGAAUAGUGAGUGCUUGUUUUCUUCAUCGCAAAUUUCUCGUGGCAGCCGUGAACACUUGGAUGAUGGAGGAGUACUUGAAAGCCAACAAGAUGAACUGGAGAAGUUGAAGAUGUCCUUCAAUGAGAUGAAGCUUCAAGUUGAUUCUACUCGUGCUGACUGGGAGAAAGACUUGAGGAGGCUAGAAAGCUACUUUGAGGCUCAGAACCAUAAUGCCUACCACAAGUUGCUUGAGGAAAACCGUAAGCUGUAUAAUCAAGUACAAGAUCUUAAAGGUAGCAUUAGAGUUUACUGCAGAGUGAAACCAUUCCCAAAGACACAAUCUGAUCAAAGGUCUACUGUUGAUCAUAUUGGGGAAAAUGGAGAAAUCAUGAUUGCGAAUCCUCGAAAGCAAGGGAAGGACGGACGGAAGAUAUUCACAUUCAACAAAAUAUUUGGACCAAAUGCUUCACAAUCUGAAGUUUUUGCUGAUACACAACCAUUGAUUAGAUCCGUCAUGGAUGGCUACAAUGUCUGCAUAUUUGCAUAUGGUCAAACAGGAUCUGGAAAAACUUACACAAUGAGCGGUCCAGAUGUAACAGCAGAGGAAACCUGGGGUGUGAACUACCGGUCAUUGAAUGAUCUCUUUGAAAUUUCUCAAACCAGAGCAGAUUCUAUCACAUAUGAUGUUAAAGUUCAGAUGAUUGAAAUAUACAAUGAACAAGUGAGGGAUUUAUUAAUGGCAGAUGGUGCAAACAGAAGAUUAGAGAUACGCAAUAAUUCUCAUGUAAAUGGACUCAACAUUCCAGAUGCAAAUAUUGUACCAGUUAAGUGUGCACAAGAUGUUUUGGAUCUGAUGAAAGUUGGACAGAGAAACCGAGCGGUUGGAUCAACUGCUCUUAACGAACGAAGUAGUCGCUCACACAGUGUGUUGACAGUUCAUGUACAAGGAAAGGAGGUAAUGUCGGGCUCAACUCUAAGAGGGUGCCUUCAUCUGGUGGAUCUUGCGGGAAGUGAGAGGGUAGACAAAUCUGAAGCAACUGGAGAAAGACUAACUGAAGCCAAGCACAUAAAUAAAUCGCUAUCUGCACUUGGUGAUGUUAUAGCUGCACUUGCCCAAAAGAGUUCCCAUGUCCCAUACAGAAAUAGCAAGUUAACACAAGUGCUGCAGGAUGCCUUAGGUGGCCAGGCAAAAACAUUGAUGUUUGUGCAUGUGAACCCUGAAACAGACUCUUUUAUUGAAACAAUGAGCACUCUCAAAUUCGCUGAGCGUGUGGCCACAAUAGAACUUGGUGCGGCCCGUGCUAAUAAGGAAGCAGGCCAGGUCAAAGACCUAAAGGAAGAGGUUGCCAAGCUGAAAUUGGCAUUAGAUGAAAAGGAACGUGAAGCAGCACAGUUUAAAGAUCUUGCCAAUCGUGUGACCUCUGAGAUGAGAAAUGCAAGGACAAAGUCACCUUUAACUACCAGCAUGUCCUUGAAACCAGAAGCUGGUCAAGAAUCUAGUGUAGACACUUGUACAAGUGAGAUAAGAAGCUCAUCAUCUGGCAAGCAGAGAAGGUUCCGCUCCCCAUUGUCAGCGAGAGAGCUAGAUGACAAGUCACCUGUUAUCAACAGGGAGUUGUACCUGAGCGCGUGGAAGUAUAAGACUCCAUCUCCUCCAGUUAGAAGUUCACUCUCUGCUGAGAGAGGCAACUUUGCCAAAACUGUGGAGAACACCGGUAGCAUCGAUUGCACACCCGUAUCAAAUGUCGAAUUGCCUCCAAAAGUACUGUCUAGCAGUUCGAGGAACACACCUUCAUCCGUCCUGACAGCUCAGAGCCUACGGAAAUUCCGGGACUCGGAAGAGAACAGGUGCAAAAUCCCAUCUGUUCGGCAAAGUAUGACAAAGAACAGGUCCGACAGCACGCCAAAGGCUCACAAAGAAGAGCAGUCGGCAAACAGACACUCGGGUACCAAAGUGAGGUCAGAGGCCAAGAACACGAGGGACUCGUCUGAGAUCGAAAACGAGUUCGCAGGUGAUGGGCCUACCUUCCACUUCAACCGAAAGACGAAGAAGCUCCCUUCGCAGGCGACAAGACAGUCCCAGAACAUUGUUCUUCGGGCCUCUGUCCGGGAGAUGGAGCCUCUGACCGAAGGGAGGCAACGCCGGAACUGGAGCAAGCCGCCGCACGCCGAGAGGAACGGCAUCCCCUUGCCGGACAUCCGGCGCAGCGCCUCCCUGCCGCGAGGGAAGAACCCUCUUGUGUGAAUCUAGCUAGUUCGGUCCAUCAGGCAUUCUUUCAUUGAUUGCUACAUUGUGAUCGGAUCCGUGUGUAGGCUUUCUACGCUUUGGGCAGAACUAGAAGACCCCACCUGCCGUCUGUUGAGUUGUUUUUAGGAUUCUCCCGUGCUGGUUUCAGGCGAAGUCUUACGCUCUUUUGCGCAAUGUAAAAAAAAUGUAGCGUUUGAUGUUGUUUCUCAGCAUCUCUUUUCGAUGGGUGAUUGAAAAUUUGAAUACGCUGUGCGACAUUUUUGGAAUGA